AUGCCAAAAGUAAGGACAUUGAAGAGUCAGAAACCACCAGAAGGAUGGGAGUCAAUAGAAGAGACGUUAGAAGAAUUGAAUCAAAAAAUGCGAGAAGUGGAACGGGAUCCUCAUGAAGGGAAGCGACGAUGCGAAGCCUUAUGGCCAAUAUUGAGGAUUCACCAUCAAAAAUCAAGGUAUAUCUACGAACAAUAUUACAAGAAGAAGGAAAUUAGUAAAGAGCUCUUUGAUUGGUGUUGCCGUGAGGGUUAUGCGGAUCAAAAUUUAAUUUCUAAGUGGAAGAAGUCUGGAUUUGAAAGAUUGUGCUGUUUGAGAUGUGUCCAAUCGUCGGGAACCAAUUUCGGAACAGCGUGUAUAUGUAGAGUACCAAGAAAGGACUUAGAAGAUGGAAAGAGUGUUGAGUGCGUCAAUUGCGGAUGUCGGGGCUGUGCAAGCACAGAUUGA